UCCCUUCUUCCAGAAGAGGUUAUAGAAAGGAGCAGUGCACAGCCCAUAAAACAUCCCUUUGUUGAGAGACCAAGCUAGCCAACAUAUCUAUUACUGAUUCCAAGAGACAACCUAGUCUUGUUUUGACUUCCUGCAGGUGAAUAACUAGAGGUUUUCAUCAGACCUACCAACCACAUUUUCACCUACCACAGGAAAACAGAUGCAUUAUUCUGGGAAGGGGUCUAUAGGCUUCACCAGCCUGCUAAAGAGGUUUCUGGCACAAAAUGGGUUAUGGUUCACUCACUGCAUGAUCUGUAUCAUGGAGUUGAGAGGAUGCACUUUGUUUCUGAGAAAGAGGUUAUUCUUUGGAGAAGCCAUGUUCUAUAACCAGAUGAUGCCAAGAUAUUUCAACACCACAGAUAGCAUCAUACAAUUCAAAAAGCAGGACUUCACCUCCUUGAGGAAUCACUGUUUAAGGAGAGGCAGGCUAUUCGAAGAUGCCAUAUUCCUGGCCAAUGACAGUGCCAUAGGGCAGAGACUCAUGCAUGAAAGCAUUCUAAGCCCUGAGUGGAGGAGACCAAAGGAAUUAUCAGGGACCGAUUCCCCUCACUUCAUUCUGGAUGGUAUCAGCAAUUUUGAUAUUCAACAAGGACUAGCAGGUAAGUGCUGGUUUCUAGCAGCACCAGGCUCUUUAACCCACAAACACGAACUUCUGACAAAGAUCAUACCAAUAAGCCAACGCUUCACACAAGGAUAUGCAGGGAUUUUCCAUUUCCAGUUUUGGCCAUGUGGGCAGUGGGUGGAUGUGGUGGUGGAGGACCGUCUCCUUGUGAGCUCAAUCAGUGGAAAAUACCUGUUUGUUUAUCCCCAUUGAGGGAGCAGCGAAUUUUGGCCCUGUUUGCUUAAGAAGGCUUAUGCCAAGCUCCAUGGCUCCUACUUCCAGUUGCAUUAUGGCAUCAUGGCUGACUCAUUAGUGGAACUGACAGGAUGGGUGGUCACAAAAAUCAAUCUUAAGAAAGUCCAUCUCAAUCUGUUCAAGAAUUUGAAAGUGGCAGAGCAAUCUGGCUCACUAAUAACAUGUGGGAUUACAGACGUUAUUUUGGACACUGGCCGAGAAGAACUCAUCCGAUUGUGGAACCCCUGGGGCCGUCAAGAAUGGACCAAAUGUUGGAGUGAUAAUUCCCCAGAAUGGCGGAGAGUCCAAGAAUCAGAGAGGACCAGGCUUUAUAAGAAGAAAGAAGAUGGAGAGUUUUGGAUGUCCCUUCAAGAUUUCCAGAAGUUAUUUGCCAGCAUGCUUAUUUGUUAUCAAUAUCUGAUGGUAAUGAACAAUGGAGAACUGGACAAUGGAACAUGGUUCCAAAUUCCAUAUGAAGUCCAAAAGAUCCAAGGAAAUAUUAUGAAAGAUAGUAGCUCUGAUGCCCUCUGGUACGCGCUUCAGUACUUUUUCUCUGUGACAGAGCCCAUGGAAGGUAUCAACGUGGUAGUCUCCAUCAACAUCCAGCCUAACCAGAGUAGAAAGAUGAUGCUACUUUUUAAAGUAUACAAGGUUGAACACCAGAAUAUUGAAAUAAAAGCAGAAUCAUCAGGGCCCAUUCAUUCUUUAAGGAAGAGGAAUUCUGUCAAAAAUCUUCCAGAAAUCUAGAAUCAUGACAGCAUUUUCAACAGAUAUGCCCAAGGUAUAGGCCCAGAUAUUGAUGCCUCACAGCUACAAAGCCUUCUCAACAAAGAACUCCUUAAAAGUAACUCUUCUGAACCCCUAGAGAGAAAGUUCACCUUUGAUGAGUGCUGGAGUAUUUUGGCUCUAAUGGAGGUCAAGGUCAAUGGACGUCUUGACAUAGAAGAAUUUAGGCAGCUGUGGAAGAAGCUUAUUCAAUGUCAGGACAUUUUCCGGAAAGUAGAGAAGAAUGGCUCUGGCUUCCUCAUGGGUUCGGAUCUGUGGAAAGUCAUACAAGAAUCAGAAUUAUUCCUAGAUACUUUCAUUUACAGUGAGCUACUAGAUCUCAGAGCCAUUAGGUAUGGAGCUGGAGCUGGAAAAAUAUAUUUCGCAGACAUGAUCUAUUUCCUCAUCUGGCUUGAAAUCGUGUCAAGGGUUUUUCAUAACCUCUCAAAAGAUGGGAAAGGACUCUACUUGACUGAAACUGAGUGGAUCAAGUUCACCAUGUAUUGCUGAGUCACUGAUCAAGCCUUACAGAGAAGACAACCUCAGAAAUUUUGCUGAUGUGCCAACCACCUUUCCUCUCUGGAAUCUCUGCCCGCUGGCCCCUGAUAAUCUGCUCGGGGACUAUCUCCUGGCCCAGUAUUUCAAGAAGGCCUCAACCAUGCUUCACUUCACUCCCUUCUCUCCAACCAUAUUCUCAAUAAUAUCAUCAACCACCUUGUGGGUACCCUUCCCAACCCAUCACUUCCAUGAUCAAAUCACCUUUGCCUUUAUUCCUAGAGAGAUGCAUCAAUCUAUUCCACUAUACUCCUAAUUGAUAUCCCAGCAAACAUCCAGACCAAAGUGUCCCUCCUCAGUCACCACAGCCCUGUGUGUGUUUUCUACCUAUUAGAAUGUAAUCUUGAGAGAAGGGGUUGUCUUUAUUUGUGUAUUUGUACCCUUAGUACCUAGCAUACUGUAUUGCUUAA